GGUUGCCAUACCCAAGUGAGUCAGAGAGAACAUUGGGGACGCUUGAGCUCCAAUCUGACUUCCUAGGUCCUCGCCUGAAUCCUUUCUCUCUCUUUUGUUUAUCGAUUCCUCAGCCAUGGAGUUUUCUCAGGAGGAUUUUGACCGCCUUCUUCUCUCCGAGCACACUCGAAAAACCGCCGAAGCUAACUACGCCAACAACCCGCUUGAUGCUGAUAAUUUGACAAAGUGGGGAGGGGCGCUGCUUGAGCUAUCUCAAUUUCAGAAUGUUUCUGAUUCGAAAGAUAUGAUCAAAGACGCUGUUGUGAAGCUGGAGGAGGCAUUGGCUAUUAAUCCCACGAAGCAUGAUGCUCUUUGGUGUCUUGGAAAUGCUCACACUUCGAAUGCUUUUCUGACACCCGACGCUGAUGAGGCCAAAGUCUAUUUUGAUAAAGCACACGAGUGUUUCCAGAAGGCAGUAGAUGAGGAUCCUAGUAAUGAACUAUAUCGCAAGUCGCUGGAAGUCACUGCAAAGGCACCUGAGUUUCAUUCCGAGAUCCACAAGCACGGGAUCGGUCAACAGAGUACGGGGCCAUCAGGCGGGGGAUCUACUGCUUCUGCUGCUGCUUCUGCUUCAAACCCAAAGAGUUCAAAGAAGAAGAGCAGUGAUCUCAAAUAUGACAUAUGUGGAUGGAUCAUCCUUGCUGUUGGAAUUGUAACAUGGGUUGGAAUGACCAAAUCCCAACUUCCACCACCUCCUCCUCCUCCUUCCAGGUGAUACCUUUAGAUUCUGAAACUGCAGAUCUGUUCUUCUGAAAACUCUCUUUGCUGGAAUGCCCCUCAUUGGAGUGCUAGGUUAGCUUUUAAGAUCAUUUUUGUUUAGUUCAUAAUUGCCAAAAUCUCAGAUAUGCUGUAGCAUAGCAUUUUUUUUUUUUUUUUUUUUUUUUUUUUUUUUU